AUGUCAGUUGAAACAGUUGAAAACGAAGAUGCUUCAGGACUGAAGGAAGCUAUGAACGAAGCUUUUGCCCGUUUUGGCAUUACAAACUUUGAAUCGAAACUAGCUGCAACUGGUCUAGAUGGGAAGUCACCGAAGAAACUGAGAGCUGAAAAACUAGCUGAAGUGUAUGGAGAAACUGUCUAUAAGCCCAUCAAAGCAAGUGGGACAAGGUGGAUAGAUCACAAAGUGCGCGCCACGAAGGUUUUCCUGGAGAACUACGGCAUGUAUAUGCAGCAUCUUGAACAGGCCGCAACUACUUCACCUGAUGCCCAAAAGCAGAAGAUAAAUGGAUUCCUAGCUAAAUGGAAAGACGCUCGUUUCCCAAUGUAUGCUUCUAUCUUUGUGGACAUUAUUGGUCCUUUGCGUGUUUUGUCUCUUGGACUACAAACUGACGACAAUGAUCCAGUUAAAGCUUUAAGGAGAAUCAAGGAAUUUGACUGGACUAUGGUCAAGCUUCAAGGUAGUACAUUUGGCAAAGCUACUUUCGAUAAAUUUAGGAAGGAUUGCAAACCUACUGGUGACGACAAGAACCAGAUUUCGUAUCAAGGUGUUGUGCUCACAAAUUAUCCCCGUGCACUAAAUGGAGCUGCGGGACAACGACAAGAGUGGAUAGAUGCGAUUAUCCUCUGUUUGGGCAAUCGCUUUAGUGAUCUUCAAGAGACACCAGUUUACAAACACCUUUGUCCAAUUAUAGACACCCAGUCUUGGCCAGGUGAGGAAGUUAAUUUGGUGAGCUAUGGAGACGAAUCGGUUACGCUACUUGUCGACCACUUCAUUCAGCUUUUGAAGCAUAACGUAUGCGAUGUGUCGAACGAUACGAUGCUGACAGAAGAGUGGAGUGGGCUUAAGUUGUUGAUUUCAGAGACGUAUGGCAGAGCUAUACCAUACUUAGAUGAUUGGGCUGCCAUUCUCUCUUCACCAGUUAUAAAUAGUGCAGUAUAA